UGUUUGACCAAAUCAGCCGCAACAGUAAAUCCAGUAACGGAAUCAAUGCUGAUUACUGGCAUCGUUUUCGUCGUCCACCUCAACAAUCGCUAUACAGAACCAGGGGAGUGGCGCAGAUCUUAAACCUUCUCCUUCAACAUUCAUCUUAUCACAUGUUCAUUCAGCAACGCCUACUUUUUCCUGAAAAUUUCCAUCCAAAAACUCCAAUUCCAUUAUCAAUAUGGAUCCCAAUCCCAAGUCUUUCCCCAUCCUCUCCUAUGUUAUGGCCCGACUCCCCUCCUUAUCAGGCAAAUCCCCUUCCACCACCUGUGACGUCGAGCAGCCCCCGCCACGGGCUCCCUCCGAUCCCUCUUCCAGUCAAACCCCCAUUGUUUCCCAACUACCCCACUUAACUGACCCCAAACUCCUAGCUUCAAUGACCCGCGCUAUCGCCGACGUCGCUCAAACCCGAUCAGUCCUUCGAACCCUUGGCCCUCGUCCUGACCACGAGACUGUCGACGCUGCCCGACUUAAGCUCUGUGAAAUCGAAUCCGAUCUCUCCAAACAGCUCGAAGAAAUUGUCCUCUCUCCACGGCCGUCUGAUGUCGACAGGCUUGACUGGCGUUCGCAGUUGGCGGACAAGGAACAGCAGUGUCGACGAGCCGCCGAGAAAGAGAAGAUCUUGUACAAGACGAUAUUGCAAUUAGAGGAGAUGCAUCAGUCUUAUGAGAAGCUGUUGAGAGCGGCGGAGCAGCGGUUGGUGAAGAUUUAUGAGAAGGCGGAGAUGGGAGAGGCGGAGGAGGAGGAGGUUAAGAAAGAUAAGGAGGAAGUGGACGAGCAGUUGAACGAAGAGAUUGUGGGAAUACUCCAAGAGGCGUCCGGAAAGGAGCUGGAGAGGGUCGAUUUGUCGAACAGGAGACUAUUGUUCUUGCCUGAGGCGUUUGGAAAGAUUCAUGGGUUGAGAGUGCUUAAUCUCUCUAAUAAUCAGCUUGAGGUCAUCCCUGACUCAAUAUCUGGGUUGGAAAAUCUCGAGGAGCUCAACCUUGCAUCAAAUAUUUUGGACGCAUUGCCAGAUUCUAUUGGAUUGCUACACAACUUGAAAAUUCUAGACGCCUCCAGUAAUAAGCUAGAGUCUUUACCUGACUCCAUUUCAAAUUGCAGGUCAUUGGUGGAGUUGGAUGUGAGCUUCAAUCGUCUUACAUACUUGCCGACUAAUAUUGGAUAUGAAUUGGUGAAUCUUAAAAAGCUGUCAAUCCAGUUGAACAGGCUCCGUUCUUUUCCCACUUCUAUUGGUGAGAUGAGAUCUCUGCAGCAUCUGGAUGCUCACUUCAAUGAGCUUCAGGGCCUUCCACUUUCAAUUGGGAGAUUGACAAAUCUUGAGAUCCUCAACUUGAGCAAUAAUUUCACUGACCUGAAGGAACUUCCUGAGACAUUGGGUGACUUGACAAACCUCAAGGAACUUGAUCUCAGCAAUAAUCAGAUUCAAACAUUACCAGAUACAUUCGGACGGCUGGAUAAUUUAACCAAAUUGAACUUGGAGCAAAAUCCUCUUGUGAUCCCACCAUCAGAAGUAGUGAAGGAAGGCAUUGAAGCUGUGAAGAUGUUCAUGGCUAAGAGAUGGCUUGACAUACUAGUGGAGGCAGAAAGAAAAAGCAUGGUUGUAGUACAAGAGCAAGGACAGACAGGGUGGUUGACGAGGAGCACAUCCUUGUUGAAGAAGUAUGUUGAAAAUGUAUCUGAGAAUGUUUCAGGAUUAUUAAGUCCAAGAUCUCCCAAGGACGCUUACCUGGAUCAGCAGCUAUAGCUUUCAUUGCGCUACCAUAUUUUGGUAGUGUCCUUUCCUUUUGAAGGAAUUGUGCACGUGAUAAAUGCACAACUAAUGAAAGAUGGAAGUGUCACCAAAUUUUGUUUUGCUUCCUUUCUAUUUCUGAUCCCUGAAAAUACAUGUCAUUAGGUAGCAAAUCAAAAGUGAAGACUAUGGAAACACUGGAUGAAACAGAAGCAGUGUGAUAGCCUUUGGCUCUCACAGAAGCCAAUGAAUGGAGCAGUAGUGGAUAUUUUGUAAGUCCAUAAUAGAUCGAAUUUAGAUAACUUUUUUUCUGAUCAGGUAGCAAAAGUGAAGACCGUGAAAACGGUGGACUCUGGAAAUGGUGGAUGAAAAGGAUGAAACAGAAGCCGGUGUGAUAGCCUUUGGCUCUCACAAAAGCCAAUGAAGGAUCAAAAUAAUGGAGCAGCAGCGGACAUUAUGAACGUCCUUAAUAUGCCAAAAUCAUUGUUCGCCUGGAAAUUUUAGAAUUGAUCUGCAAAAAAACAGGGCACUCAGAAAAAGAAAAUCACAUGCAAAGGACGUAGCAAUUCCAAGAAAAACCCUCAAUCUAUGAAAGGGAGAGGAUAAAGAAAAUAUAUACUAAUUUUCUAGCAAUGAAUUAUGCAUAGAGAUAUGUGUAUUUAAUAAAAAAAAAUAUUUUUCCCCAUC